AUGGCUAUUGCCACGCCCCGGGCGUGUCAACAAGGAGCUAUUGCCACUCCCUGGGCGUGUCAACAAGGAGCUAUUGCCACUCCCUGGGCGUGUCAACAAGGAGCUAUUGCCACUCCUGCCUCAUUCGUGUUCA